AUGGCACCACCUUUCAUCUUCCCUCAAGCCCUCACCUCGCUGGAGGAAGACGACAGCGAGUCAAGCUACACGCGCCUCACCGUCCAAAACCCAUUUCCGGUAUCCUCCCUCCGCCCCCCGGAGCUCGAAGAAUUCGUGAAAGCUGUUUCGUUCGAUCUUUCGGACAAGGAAUUGUUCUGCGUGGAGGAGCAGGAGGUUUUCGACCGCGUGUACUCUCUAGUGAAGGGCUUCGCGAGCCUCAGCCCCGGCUGCAAGUUCAAUCUGGUGGAGUCCUUGAGGUCCAAUUUCAGUGUCCUCUUGCCGAAUGUCGAGUCACUGUCUCGGUCUCGGGCGUCCCUUUCGCGGGAGGAGGAGCAGGAUGAAGGUGAUGACUGUGCUGGUGAACAGCUGGGGGCAGAUCGACUCGGAUCCCAUCGGAAUGCAUUUAAGAUUUACUCGUUUUUCCUCGUGCACAUUGUUCUAGCCGAGGAAUUGGGUGUCAGUUCUUCCAGCAAUGCAACCAAGGUGCCUGCUUCUGGUAGGAGCAAAAAGCUUGUGAAUUCAUGGAAUUGGGAGCCUCAGAGGGGCAGAAUAUUGAAUUUAAUUGCCAACUCUCUUGAGAUCAACCUCUCUUUGCUGUUUGGUUCAUCUGAUCCAGAUGAAAAUUACUUAUCCUUCAUUAUGAAAAAUGCAUUUCUGAUGUUUGAGAAUGCAUCACUGCUUAAGGACUCUGAUGCAAAAGAUGCCUUGUGCCGUAUAAUUGGGAGUUGUGCUACUAAGUAUCACUAUGUAGCACAUUCAUGUGCUUCCAUGCUGCACCUGAUUCAUAAAUACGAUUUUUCUGUUACCCACUUGGCCGAUGCUGUUGCUGGAGCUGAAAAGAAAUACGCUGAUGGAAGCAUGGCAAUUUCCCUUAUUCGUGAGAUUGGAAGGACUAACCCAAAAGACUACGUUAAAGACACUGUUGGAGCUGAAAAUAUUGGGCGAUUUCUUGUUGAGCUUUCUGAUAGAUUGCCAAAGCUGCUUUCGACAAACAUUGGCUUAUUGGUGCCACAUUUUGGUGGAGAAUCUUACAAAAUAAGGAAUGCGCUUGUUUCAGUGUUGGGUAAGUUAAUAGCGAAGGCUUUUAAUGAUGUUGAGGGUGAAGUUAGCUCCAAAUCCAUUCGUCUUCGUACAAAACAGGCAAUGCUGGAAAUUUUGUUGGAAAGGUGUCGUGAUGUAUCAGCUUAUACUAGGAGUCGGGUUCUUCAGGUGUGGGCUGAAUUAUGUGAAGAGCAUUCUAUCUCGAUUGGUCUGUGGAACGAGGUUGCAACAGUAGCUUCCGGAAGGUUAGAAGACAAAAGUGCUAUAGUCAGAAAAUCAGCACUUAAUUUACUCAUCAUGAUGUUGCAGCACAACCCUUUCGGGCCCCAACUUAAAGCAGCUUCUUUUGAGGCAACCUUAGAACAGUACAAGAAGAAGUUGAAUGAUCUUGCGCCAAAAUGUCCGCCUGAAAGCUCAGAUGAGCUCCAGCCAGAUUAUGAUGUUUCUCAUGGAGAUAACAAGGUUGAAGAUGAUAAAGAGGUUGGAGGUGAAGCCAAGAAUCAAGAUAGUUUGACAGAUAGCUGCGCAGGUGACAUGACAGAUGGAACACGUCAGAUGGACAAUUCAGUACCGGAUUUUGGGAAUGUGGAGCAAACACGGACCUUGGUUGCUUCGCUCGAAGCUGGCUUGAGAUUCUCGAAUUGUAUGUCAGCCACAAUGCCAACCCUUGUUCAGUUAAUGGCUUCUUCAUCUUCAAGUGAUGUGGAGAAUACUAUUCUUUUGCUCAUGAGAUGCAAACAGUUCCAAAUUGAUGGAUCAGAAGAAUGUUUACGCAAGAUGCUGCCUUUGGUGUUUUCUCAAGAUAAAUCGAUUUAUCAGGCUGUUGAAGAUGCUUUCAUCACAAUAUAUAUAAGGAAGAACCCAGUGGAAACUGCGAAAAACCUUUUGAAUCUUGCCAUAGAAUCAAAUAUUGGAGAUCUUGCAGCCCUGGAAUUCGUCCUUGGAGCAUUGGUAUCCAAAGGAGACAUAACUCCGGGCAUGUUGUCAGCGCUAUGGGAUUUUUUUUGUUUCAAUAUUAAUGGGACUACUGCUCAACAAAGCCGUGGUGCUUUAUCAGUGCUGUGCAUGGCAGCAAAAUCUUCACCCAAUAUCCUCAGCUCUCACCUACAAGACAUUGUUGACAUUGGAUUCGGUCGUUGGGCAAAAGUGGAACCACUGCUUGCUCGGACAGCAUGCUUAGUAUUAUAUCGGCUGUCUGAAGAAGAUAAGAAAAAAUUGUUGUCAACAAAUGGAAACCGUGUUUUUGGUAUUUUAGAAAGCUUGGUGUCUGGUUUUUCUCUUCCAGAAAAUAUCUGGUACGCUGCUGCAGAUAGAGCAAUAACUGCUCUUUACAAUAUUCAUCCUACUCCUGAAACAAUAGCCGCAAAUAUUGUAAAAAAAUCCCUCAGGUCUGUAUUUGAUCCAAGUGAAGGAAGUGAUUUGCAAACCGAAAUAGUUUCUGACAGCUCCAAUGUCUUGACCACAGUUCAAGUUGCCAAAAUCAGCAGAUACCUAUUUGUGGUUAGUCAUGUUGCCAUGAAUCAGUUGGUCUAUAUCGAGUCUUCUAUUCGUAAAGUUCAGAAAUUGAGAGCGAAGAAAGAGAAAAUGAAUGCUGAGGGCAAGUCACUUGACGUGGAUUCAUCAUCUGAUGCACCAAAGGAUGCUGGCAUCAAUUCAGAAUUAGGCCUCGCAGCCUCUGAGGAUGCAGUGCUUGAUAGUCUAGCUGAACGAACAGAAAAAGAAAUAGUUUAUGGUGGUAGCAAUGGAAAAAAUUUGAUUGGGCACUGUGCGCCAUUUCUGUCUAAGUUAUGCAGAAAUUUCAGUUUAAUGCAGAAGCAUCCUGAACUGCAGGCAGCUGGAAUGCUUGCUUUAUGCCGUUUAAUGAUUAUUGACGCUGAGUUCUGUGAGUCAAAUCUUCAACUACUUUUCACUGUCGUGGAGAAUGCACCUUCAGAGACCGUCCGUUCAAAUUGCACAAUAGCCCUUGGGGAUUUGGCGGUUCGUUUUCCAAACCUGUUAGAGCCUUGGACUGAAAACAUGUAUGCACGCCUUCGAGAUCAGUCCGUGUCUGUCAGAAAGAAUGCUGUGUUGGUUCUUUCUCAUCUUAUAUUGAACGACAUGAUGAAGGUGAAAGGCUACAUUAAUGAAAUGGCCAUGAGACUAGAAGAUGAAGAUGAAAGGAUUUCAAAUUUAGCCAAACUAUUUUUUCAUGAGCUAUCGAAAAAAGGGAACAACCCUAUAUAUAAUCUACUUCCGGACAUCCUUGGAAAAUUAUCCUGCCAAAAUCUGAAUGGGGAGACUUUCUGCAACAUUAUGCAAUUUCUAAUUGGCUCUAUCAAGAAGGAUAAACAAAUGGAAUCUCUUGUUGAAAAGUUAUGCAAUAGGUUUACUGGUGUCUCAGAUAUCAAGCAGUGGGAGUAUAUUUCUUACUGCCUUUCUCAGCUAUCAUUCACUGAGAAGAGUAUUAGGAAGCUUAUGGAGUCCUUUAAGGCAUAUGAACAUGUCCUAUCUGAGGAAAUUGUGAUGGACCAUUUUAAGAAUAUAAUUAAUAAGGCAAAGAAAUUUGCAAAACCAGAAUUAAAAUCAAUCAUCGAGGAAUUUGAGGAAAAGAUCAAUAAGUUCCAUAGUGAGAAGAAGGAACAAGUUUUAACUGAAAAGAAUGCACAAGCACAUCAACAAAAAGUUGGCAGCUUAGGUACCUUCAUGCCAGUCAAGAAAGAUGUCGAAGAAAGUGGUGAAUCUGAAAUCACCGAAGGUAAUUCGAUAGUAAAAGAAGAAGCUGAUGAGCCAACUGAUGAUGCCGAAAGCUUACGUCCAAGAUCAAGAGCGGCUAAAUCAAGAACAACACGUUCGGUUGCUUCUAGUGAGAUGACAGAGUUGGAAAUGGAUGAAGAUGAGGUCCAAUCGCCUCUUGUUAAUCUAAGAGGUGCUUCUAAAUCUAGAAUAAAGAAAAGCAGCACGAGGUCUCAGAAUGUUAUCGACAGCUCUACUAGAAAAGGCACAAGGGCAAAGAGAAGGUAUACGUGA